AUGAUUAGUAUCGGAAAUGCAAAGAUCUCUGGGAUGGAGGUCGACCUCAACCUGACGUCAAAUCAGUAUUCAAUUGCUCUGGUUGUCUUCUUUGUGGGGUACGUCGUGUUGGAGGUCCCGAGCAACCUCCUACUGGGUCGAUCCCGACCAUCUAUAUUUCUACCAUCUAUCAUGAUUCUAUGGGGCGCAUUGACAUGUGUCAUGGCUGUUGUCAAAAGCUUCGCCCAUCUGGUGAUUUUGAGAACGAUCCUUGGAUGCAUCGAAGCCGGAUUUGCCCCUGGUGUCCUGCUACUAAUAUCUUCGUGGUACAAACAAACCGAACAGUCGAAAAGAUUUGGUGUAUUCAUCUCUGCGGCCGUUCUAUCGGGUGCAUUUGGGGGGCUAAUCGCAGCUGGCAUUGUCGAUGGCCUUGAGGGAGCCCAGGGCAUCCGAGGCUGGCGAUGGCUGUUCAUCAUCGAAGGUGUGAUCACUAUUGGCUUUGCAAUCAUCUCGAUCUUCAUCCUGCCAGACUUUCCGGCAACAACACAACGCCUGUCUGAUCGCGAGCGACAGAUAGCUGUAGCACGCCUGGCGAGAGACAACGUCACCGCCUCGUCUGAAGGCACCGAGAAACUGAGUAACUGGGGUGCUUGCAAGGUGGCAUGUCAGGACUAUCGCACCUGGGCUUUUGUUGUUGGGUAUAUGGUAAUUGUUGGCUCGAGUACUUUGACAUACUUUUACCCAACCCUUGUGGGGGGACUUUUUGGGCACGCGUCCACCAAAAAGAUCAAUCUAUUGACGGUGCCAAUCUACGGGGUAGCAUUCGUCGCCACUGGAAUUACAUCCUAUUACGGUGACAAAUUUCCUUCUUGGCGCGGCCUCAUCCUUGCCGGCUGGCUGGCAUUUUCUCUUAUCUGCUCAAUCCUUGUCUGCACAAUAUAUAACUUUACAGCCCGCUAUGCGCUCCUUGUUCUUAUUGCAGCAGGCCUUUGGUCCACCAAUGGAGGUACACUGGCAUAUGCUUCAUCUGCAUUUGCCGGUAUGCAUCCACAGGCGAGGGGUGUGUCUUUAGCCAUGGUGAAUGCGCUAGGUAACCUGGCACAGAUAUAUGGAUCGUACCUAUUCCCUGAAGAUGAUAGCCCAAAAUAUAUCAUGGGGUUCUCCGUUAUAUCUGCCAUGCUUGCAGUGGGUGUGAGCGUUUUUCUGUUCUUGCAAAUAUGGCUUCGCCGACCCUUGAAAUGUGAGAUCACGCGGUGA